UUGUGGGGUGGAAUUCCGAGCAGCUCAAGGGCCACAGCAGCCAAAUCAAGUGCGUAAGUGUUUAUGUGACCUUGCGAAGGAGAUUUCCAUUGUGUGGCCACAAGGGAUAGAAAAAGACCUUUGAAUAAAAAAGUUAUCUGGUUCAGAAACAGUGCCUGCUAGGAUUCUGUUCUUGGCGGAGUUCUGUGAGAGGUACACGUCUUUCUUCUGAGAUACCCACCCUGGCACCCUGGUGCCCGAGACCUGCGCUCCUCCUGGAAACCCCUCACCCAGAGACUGGCGCUCCCCACGGCCCGCGGACCGCAGAGGUAAGCACCCGCCGAGCAGUGUGUAUUCCAUAGUCCCUUGUUCGGUUACCACCUGGAGCAGUGCGGUAGGCCAAGUCCCCAGUGCGUCACGGGGUUUGUAAAUAACGUUGCUAAUGGAAGUUGGAAUGUAUGGUACCUAAGGACCUGGAUCAGUAAGGCAUUUAGAGCCUAAAAUCUUACCCUGAAUUCAGACCAUUCGGGCUUGCUUGACUGGCAGAGUAACUUUACUCACUUUUAGAAGUAAGAGCUUGUUUUCUUCAUCAAACUUACAGAAUUUCACUGUGAACAAUAUUUCUUUGUUAAAAAAGUAUUUCUUGAAAACAACUUAUUUCAAUUGAAGCUUUUUCAUAGUGGACAAAGUCAAUGAUAAUUUCAUUACAAAUAAAUAAAUGGUGACCCGUGACUGUACAGUCAGCACAGUUGUGGUGUCACCACUCAUAAUGUGUCUGUCCCCCGAGCGUGAUGACCCGGGAGGAGCAGUUUAGGGAGGAGCUGAGCUAUGACCGCAUGCCCACGCUGGAGCGGGGACGCCAGGACCUGGGGAGCCACAUCGCAGAUGCAAAGCCGAACGACCUGCAGCUGUCGAAAAGGCUGCCUCCCUGCUUCAGCUACAAGACCUGGCUCUUCUCUGUGUUGAUGGGGAGCUGCCUCCUGGUGACCUCGGGGUUCUCGCUCUACCUGGGGAAUGUGUUCCCUUCUGAAAUGGACUAUCUGCGGUGUGCUGCGGGCUCUUGCAUCCCCUCAGCAAUUGUGAGCUUUGCAGUUUCACGGAGAAACGUCAACAUGAUCCCCAACUUUCAGAUACUGUUUGUGUCCACAUUUGCUGUCACCACCACGUGUUUAAUCUGGUUUGGAUGCAAACUAGUCCUGAACCCGUCAGCUAUAAACAUAAACUUCAAUCUCAUUCUGCUUCUCCUGCUGGAGCUUCUCAUGGCAGCCACGGUGAUCAUCUCUGCCCGGUCCAGCGAGGAAUACUGCAGGAAAAAGAAGGGUCCUAUCUCUGACAGCACCAACAUUUUGGAUGAAGUGACAUUUCCUGCUCGAGUCCUAAAAUCCUAUUCAGUCGUCGAGGUGAUUGCUGGUGUGUCUGCCGUCCUCGGUGGCGUCAUUGCUCUGAACGUGGAUGACGCGGUUUCAGGCCCGCACCUCUCAGUGACCUUCUUUUGGAUCUUAGUGGCUUGUUUUCCAAGUGCCAUUGCCAGUCAUGUGACAGCAGAGUGUCCCAGCAAGUGUCUGGUGGAGGUGCUGAUUGCUGUAAGCAGCCUCACGUCCCCACUGCUGUUCACGGCCUCUGGAUAUUUGUCAUUCAGUGUAAUGAGAAUCGUGGAGAUUUUUAAAGAUUACCCACCAGCCAUAAAACAGUCCUACGACGUGCUCCUGCUGCUGCUGCUGCUGGUGCUACUGCUCCAGGCCAGCCUCAACACGGGCACCGCCAUCCAGUGCGUGAGCUUCAAGGUCGGCGCCAGGCUGCAGGGCACAUCCUGGGACACCGAGACUGGCCAGCAGGAGCACCCUGUCGGGGAGAUGGCCAGAAGCCCCCUGAAGGAGUUUGACAAGGAGAAGGCCUGGAGAGCUGUCGUGGUGCAGAUGGCCCAGUGACCACAGAAAAACUGAGUUGCAGUGCUAGCCUGGCCCAAGCACGCUAAACCACACAGACUCCAGCAGUCCUCGAGCUACUGCUUUCUAACACUUCCUUCUCCCUUGGUGAGGGCAGACCAGGCUGCACGGUGGAGUUCUUUCUCAUGGUAGUUUAGUUCUGAAAUAGGUACAUGUGGACUAUUUUAUGCCUUGGCAGAUAAGCCGGUUCAGUGCUUCUCAGGUGGCCUGACUGCAUGGCAGUGCCCAGGACUGCCCGGGCAAGGAAGGGUGUCAGCCCUGCGUGCCGAGAGCCGGACAGAUGGUGAGGGACCCAGCACACGCUUCCUGCCUCUUUCACAGCUGGCACUGGAGUUGAAACCUCCAGGCGUUCACAUUUGGGCUGACCACGGAUCUCCAAGUUCCCCGUCCACUCUGGCCAGCUCCCGUUAUCUGCUCUUCCGUGCUGACCGCGUGGCGUGUGCUCAGCUGGGUUUGGGUCUUACCUGUUUUUAGCUUCUCCCUUCUGAGCUGAGCCUGCACUGGAGCCCAUCCUGCCAGGACACCAAGGCCAGCACCUCUGUCCUCCCCAGAACCGAGGGCACACUUGACGCCUUUCCCACACGAAAUCCACACCCCAGGUUUCUGCCCUCUCUUCCUACUUUAACCCAGUCACUCCAGAAAGACCUUGCCUCCUCAUUGGCCCGGCUCAAUGUCCCUGGGUGUCCUCAUAUCCAGCUUGGAGCUUUGAAUGGCCACUGUGACAGUUCAGUGUUGUUUGGGGUGGGGCUGAGCUGGAGGAUUUGGAAACAGACUUGACCAGUCACUGACUCGCUGGCCCUGGUGACCAGGGAGGCUGAGCUCCACCCUUUCAGUUUGCUCCUGCUCCUGUUAUUCACUCAAAAUACAAAAUGGACCCCAUCAGAGCCAGGGAACCCUCACAGGGGCUGUCACAGGGCAUUUCCCAGUCCUCUCCACCUCCUAACAAGUAGUGUAUCUUGACUCUCACCUGAGGGCUGGCCCAGGACAGCCUGGUGUGAGAAUGACAUUGGCUUUGAUUAAAAUCAUGGCCAAGAAUUAGUCUGUGUGCCAUCUCCUCGUCCCUGUGACUACACCUGGAUUCUCCCAACUGACCCAGGCACCGGUAGAUCUACAGUGACUUGAGGGCACCUUGUAGAACUGGGAAAGUUAUUGUUUCAGUGAUUGUUUUCCGGCCAGUACUUUCAUUCACAAGGGUACACAUCAAAGCGGUUUUGCUUCUUUUCUUCCAGUAUGAGGAGAUAAACAGCAGUGCUCAGGAACACAGGAUGUUUGCUCUCUGCUAAGUUGGGGCGUAUUAAUUGGUUCCCCCAUGGGCUGGUGGAAAAGCCUGGGGCCAUUAGGAUCAAGGAACCAUUAGCCCAGGGAGAUGAAGACAGGAUGGGGCAGCUGGGGUAGACCUGGCCAGGGCCAUCCGAAGAUCCUCCCAGGCUUCUGGACCCUGAACGCAGGUGACUCCAGCUGCCGGGGUAUCCUCAUGGUAUUCAUGCCAAGUCAGGUUAUUAUUUUCAGUCAAGCAGGAGGAAUGCAGGUACGAAACCUGACAGGUGGAAACUGCCAGCCAUGUGAGCUCUGUCUCCUUCCCGGCUGGCUGACCUGUGAGGGGACAAGGACAGUCUCUCUCUGUUGUCCUCGCAGCUCCAGAAAGCAAGGAUGAAGUGCGGGACCAGCUCUGGGCAAACAAUUUGGUCUUGUCGCCAAACAAGCACCGCCACAGCUAGGUCACUCUUCCCUGUACACAUGCACAUCCCACCCAGUCUUCAGGCUGGGCCACCUCUGCCUCCUUGCAGCUCUGAGGUGAGCAGACCAGGCAGGGUCUGCAUCCUGACCCCAGCUCAUAGAAAUGGGGUGGGGGCCACAGGGACAGCACUGCACCACCAGGCUUCUGUCUUCUUGGGGACCAGAGAGUUCAAGUUUUAGAGCUAGAAUCAGGCACCAGGAGGGGCAAUACUGGCUUCCACUUUCUUAUUUUAGAGAGCUUAAAAAAUCCGGACAAAUGGGCUUUAAAACACUGUCUCUCUCAAUGUACACUUUGAUAUAGUUUAGCCUGAACAAUAAAUGCUCACGUGGAAACGUG